ACAUCACUCGUACCACGUGACCACAAAAAAGGAGACUAGGAAGAGAACUUAAACUUGGUGGAUAAAGAUGUUGAAACCCAAAGCCCUUACACGAGUUUUAGAACAGGCAAACACUGGAGGAAUACACUGUACACUCCUUUUAAAUCAAGAAGGUUCGCUAAUGGCCUUUGCUGGGAAAAGUGAAAAGAAAGAGCAUGUCACAGCCGCCAUUGCUGCUAAUAUAUGGAUGUCGUAUGACAAGAACUCCAACGCUACGAUGGAGGACAAGCCACUGGAGCUGAUAGUCUUACAGUGUGAGGAUGGCUGUGUCGCUAUAAAGAAGGUAGCCAAUCUAUUAUUGUGUAUUUAUGCCCAGAAGAGUGUUGGAUUAGGAUUACUCAAAGUUAAGAUGGAAACUUUAGCAGGUUAUCUUAAAGAGCCAUUGUCACAGAUAGCAGCUCCAACGUAGUUUAACUAUGUGUCUUUGUUUGUGUGCUUGGUAUUAGCAUCUUUCAUCCAAACACUUUCCUGUGAAUCCUUCUUUCUCUCACUCACUGUCUCUUUUUUUCUAUCUGAUACAUGUAUCUACUUGUGUGUGUUUGUUGCUGUGUCUGUUUGUUGUAUUUUAUAAUCUAAAGAAGUAAUUUUGAAUGGUUUUAAUUUUAUUGUGACUUCA